AUGGACAGAUCUUUAGAGUCCUAUGUAGGUCAGGAGACGCGUAUCCUCUUAGUCGAUAACAGCACGACGUGCAACAGCUGGACAACCACUAUUUCAUCAUCGUCAACACGCGUCCCCGAGAAAACGAGUCAUCGUUCCCCCUGCAAGUCUGUUCACCUAGAAGACAGGCUUACAGGAUCGUUGCCAUCAUAUACUGGCCAGAGUCCACACCAUGGUCCAGCAGAAAGAUUCCACAGAAUAACAAUGCACGGCCGCUGCCUUUUGCUCAUGGUUCUACUCGUGCAGUCAGCAUGCUUUUACCAGUUGGUGGCAGGAACUCUACCAAGCCACGACCACGUUGAAGAACAUGAGACUACGACUACAGAGCCUGUUACUGAUCUCCUCACUACCACCACGGAACACGUUCCUGAUCCUGAUCUGAUUCAAUAAUUACCGAUCUGUUUGAACCAAUUGAUGUUAUUAUGACCUAUUGACAUUUUACAACCACUUUCAAAGGAUAGUUCAAUACAUAUGCUGGGAUACAGCCAUAUCACGCGAUGAUUGAUAUCGCAUUACAGUGAACUCAUUUGGCAGAACAAAAGGCGAACUACAAAAUAAAGCACUUUCAGAUAAUAGUUUGAAUGUACAGUUAAAUGGGCAACCCUGGAUGACUAUUGUAAAAGUAUCACCUUCACAUCUUAUUUAUACAAAUGUAACAAAAUGUAUCUUCUACAAUAUAUAAGAAAGUAAAACUCGCUACCAUUUUGACGUUUGUGCAUUACAUUUGAAACACUAAUUAUUAAUAUUUCUAAAUGUGAUGCAAAAUAAAUAUAUGGCUUCAAUUA